AUGGCAGAAUCAAUUUAUAACAACUAUCCGCCAGACUUGUCGCCAGCUCAACAAAAGUUUCUUGUCACAUCUGUGAAAGACUGGGCUAUCCAAAACGGUCUUGCUGUUCGACCAUCCCCAGCAAUCAUCCCAACUGGGGUAGAUUCGAAUGGGGUGCUGGCUACAAAUGCGCCAGUGACGUUGUUCCCCAGUCCAUUUCCCAGAGUUUGCUUCGAGGAAGCGACUGCUCUCCAAGAGAUCUACAACGAACUUUAUGCUAUGAUUACAUGCAAUGAAGAAUGGCUAGGAAAUAUCGUGGAAGGGCUUAUUGAAGUUGAUGACUUUGUCUCGAAUUUGUGGAAGGUUCAUCUGGACGUGCGAAAAGAGGGAUAUGUUCAGAACCUGUCAUUGGGCCUCUUCCGGUCCGAUUAUAUGGCCCAUAUUCUGCCUACGGGCGCUCCGGCUCUAAAGCAGGUUGAGUUCAACACGAUCUCGUCAUCUUUUGGAGGUCUUUCAGCUCUUGUGCGAAAAAUGCAUACCGAGCUUCUGGCCUCGCCGCCGGGUUCAUCAAUCAAUUAUCCGGCCCAUCCCCUGCUACAAUCCGAAACUCCAGCAGAGAACAACGCAGUGGAAACGCUCUCAGCAGGUUUGGCAGCAGCUCAUGAGGCCUAUGGAGUGUCCAAGUCCACCCCGGCCCUUCCUCUUUGUAUUCUCUUCAUAGUCCAGGAGACGGAAAGGAACGUUUUUGAUCAGCAUGCACUCUCGACACAGCUCAAGACAGUUCACAACAUCCCAGUGUUCCGUGUGGCUAGCGUCGAUGUCUUGGAUCAGACAUCCAUUCCCAGCUCGAGCUCCUCGCGGCCGUUGUUGUACCAGCCGCCUCACUCUCCCAACUCAACAUUCGAGGUAACAACUGUUUAUCUUCGAGCCUACUAUUCACCAGACGAAUACAAAUCUAGCCGUGACUGGCUGGCCCGAACUCACUUGGAGCGCUCUGCGGCGAUCAAGUGUCCUACAGUGCUCAAUCAGCUGUCUGGCUGCAAGAAAGUCCAGCAGGUCUUAGCAGAGCCGACAGGACCAGAUCAUCUCUCAAGCUUCUUAAAGGGUAUUGAAACUACCCUUGUUGAAAGAGUCCGAGAUACCUUCGCCCCGCAAUAUGACCUGUCUGUCAACAGUCAAGGCCGCGAUCUAGCCCUAAAUCCAGAGACAGCUCUGAACCAUGUUCUCAAGCCACAGCGUGAGGGGGGUGGCAACAAUGUCUACAAAUCCGACAUCCCAGACUUUUUGCACUCCAUUCCAGAAUCUGACUGGAGAGGCUGGGUGCUUAUGGAACUCAUCAACCCUGCAGCCAAUGCCCAGAAUGUUGCCUUGCGAAAUGAUGGUGAGGUCAUUCGGGGAGAUGUCAUCUCUGAGCUUGGUGUCUAUGGUACGAUUCUUUGGGAGAACACAGGGAAAAUUUUACACAAUGAACAAGGCGGGUAUCUAUUGAGGACUAAAGGGAAAGAGGUGAAUGAAGGUGGUGUAGCCGCAGGAUUCUCCAGCUUGGACAGUGCCCUUUUGUUUUAG